UCCCUGUUCUUGGGAACCACUGACUAAUUAGGGUUUUAGCUUUUCCUUCCAAAACCUGUCAUUUUUUUUUUUUUUUUGAAUUUUUCGCCAGAGUUAUGGUUUCAAUUCCUAUGGAGUCCCUAAAACCUCAAUUUUCCAAUAAUCUCCUUGGCCAAAACUAUGAAACUGCACUAAAUAAUCAAAUUCAAGCCGUAUUAGACUCGCUCCACGAACUAAACUCUGAAAAGUUGUCAUCUUUGAGUUCAAAUUUCAAUGAAUUAAUACAAUGUAGGGUUGACCCGCCUUUUGAAGCUGUAUGGGUGUACUCAUCUCUAAUUUAUCGAAGCUUCAGCUUUGAAAAUGACCCUUUAAAAAGGGUUGCAGCUAUAAAAGAUUUGUUUCAAUUUAUAGUUUCUUGUUCUGCUUCGUGUUAUUCGUUUAAAAGCGUUGCGUUAAUUGCACCUGUUAUGUAUAAUGUGUUUAAGUUAGUAAAGGGUUUGAAAGGUUUUGAGCAGAAUGGUAAAAAAGAGAAGAAAUUUGUGAGAGAGGUAAAUGGUUUGGUUGAUUCAAUUCUUGGGUAUGUUAAUGUAUGUUGUGAGAGUGUAGAGGAGAAUAAUUGCGAUGUUUCGGAGGGAUUUGUUAGGCCAAUGAGGGAGUUAGUGAAUGUUUGGAUGUGGGAUAAUAGGGUUGAAGAUGAAAUGAGAGCUUUUUUUCCACUUUUGAGUGAUGAGACUGUUGAAAGAGUUAAUGGUGAAGGGUGUGAGAUGGGUGCGUUGGCUGGUUGUGUGAUUGCGGAGGCGUUUUUGUUGAAGUUAUGCCUGAGGUUUAUGGAGGUUGGUUCCAGAAAAGAAUUGCAUGACGAGCUGAGGGCGUGGAUUGUUGCUUCCAUCACUGGGAUUCGGAAUGCAUACUUCUUCGAGACCCUUUUAACGAUGCUGCUGGGGCCAUCUUUACCAACAGCCUCCCUACUGAAUUCGGACGAUGAGAGGCGUUUAAGAAAGAUACUCUAUGAUGCUGUGGUACUGGUGGAAUAUUCUUUCUUAAAGCCUGAGCGAAUGGGUCAGCUCUCUGCCAAGCACGUGAAAAGUAUUAUCAUGGCAAGACUGUUAGUUACUGGUGAAGCUAUAGAGUUAAAUAGAAAACAGAAGGACCAGAUGAAAGCAAUCUCUUACACAAAUGCCUUUUCUGGUUCUAGUUUACCUUCUUUGAUAAUCAAGUGGAUCAGAAGUGAGAUUGGUACAGAAGACAAAGCUAGUGAACCAAGUAGUUCAUCCCCUGCUGCAUUAUUGGGGUGGAUUCUUAAGAUAGAAAAUGGUGGGAUAAGAAUCUUUGACAAUAACAUGUCAAAAACCCGAGCUAAAUUGCUGCUAGAUAGUAUGACGGAGGGCCUUGAACAACCAGCUUUGAAAGACGGCAAGAAAAAAUCAGACACUGAUCUUAUCUUCUACAUAGAUAAUAAGGGAGAAGAAGAUGAGGAAGAAGGUGAUGAAAAGAUGAAUGAAUCUGCGAGUGCUGCCUUUGUCGCUGCUGCCCACACAAUGCAGUCAGUAGAACCUGAAAAAAGAAAGCGCAAAGGAAAAGAUUCAGAACACAAAAACAGGGUGAAGUUCCUCAAGUAUAGCAUUCAUGAAAAUUCUGGUUCGAAACAAGGUCAGUCCUCAGUUGCAGAUAGUGAUGAUUCAAGUAGCGAGAGUGAGGCGGAGAACCCAUCUACAGAUGAGGAAUGAUGAACAAGGUGAUAGAGAAGGCUCUCACUCAGGUUUCAAGAACACACACUCUGAAAUGCAUCCUUGUAUGUUGAACAGGUUAUGUAACAUCAUAACACCAAAAGUUCCCAAUUAUGCAUCGAAGUUUACCCGAAGAGAAUCAACAUAUGCAUGAAGGAACAACCUAUAUGGUUUUAUAUUAGCGAUAAUUUCAGAGACCCGACUGUUUGGUCUUGUAAGACUAGCCUUUCUCGUAGUUUGCAAGAUUAUGCUUGCCUUUCUUAUUUUGAUUUUCAAUGUGACAAAUCGUUUUACCUGUUUAUCAUUAAUGUUGAAAGUUAGUAAUUUGAUUCA